AUGGUGAAAAUCGAAGCCUUCGCAGUUGAACAGUGGAUGGACAAGUAUGAGACCACUGCCAAGUACAAUAUCGCCGAAACCUGCUGCGCGUCCAUCUCCGUUGACGAUCUUCGCGCCCUGUCCGACGACAAAGAGUUCAACCCUCUAGCCGAGCUACAAUCGGCCAAACUCACGUAUGGGGCAAUCCGUGGUUCCGACAAAUUACGAGGUACAUUGUCGAGACUGUACUCGGUGAGGGCACCAACGGAGUUGCCGAAGGACAAUAUUUUGAUCACCGCUGGCGCAAUCCAAGCGAACUUCUUGCUGUUGUAUACAUUGGUUGGCCCCGGGGACCAUGUCAUCUGCCACUAUCCAACAUAUCAGCAACUCUACUCCGUGCCUGAAUCAGUGGGGGCUGAAGUCAGCUUGUGGAAGUCCAAAGAGACAGACGGAUGGCAGCUAGAUAUUGAAGAGCUGAAAAGCCUGAUCCGUCCGAACACGAAGCUGAUCAUUAUAAACAAUCCCCAAAACCCAACCGGAGCCGUUAUCCCCCGCCAGACCCUCCAGGAAUUGGUAGAUAUUGCCCGCGAAAAAUCCAUCAUAAUUCACUCCGAUGAAGUCUAUCGCCCACUUUUCCACAACAUCAGCCCGGCGGACCCGAAGUUUCCGCCCACGCUUCUUUCCAUGGGAUAUGAACACACCGUGGUGACAGGAUCGCUAUCUAAAGCAUAUAGCUUGGCGGGCUUGCGAGUGGGCUGGAUUGCGUCGCGGGAUAGUUCGAUUAUCGAGUCUGUUGCAAGUGCGCGCGACUACACAACUAUUUCGGUUGGGCAACUCGACGAUGCCAUCGCGAGUUUUGCGUUGGCUCCAGAUUGCAUCCACAAUCUUCUCAAGCGAAACAUCGACCUGGCCCGGACGAAUCUUGCCAUUUUGGAGAAGUUCAUUGAGGAUCACCGAUGGGCGUGUGAUUGGGUCAAGCCCCAAGCAGGUACCACUGCGUUUGUGCGGUUCAACAAGAUGGGAAAGCCCAUCAACGACGUCGCUUUCUGCGAAAUGCUUCAGGAACGCACUGGUGUCAUGUUCGUCCCGGGAAGCCUUUGUUUUGGAGGCGGAGAGGACUUCAAAGGCUAUGUUCGCAUCGGGUACGUCAAUGAAACCGAGGUUCUGCAGCAGGGCUUGGAUGCCUUGCGAAAGUUCAUGGAAGAUGAUUAUGAUGAUGUUCCAGCGGUGAAGAAGUCCUCUGCACAAAAAUAA